CAGCCACGCUUUGUGUUUCUUUUUGCGUAUACACUGUAUUUUUUGGAUUUAUCUCAAAUGUCAUAAUACCUAUACAAAAUCUGACAUUUAGUUUGGAUUUCGUCAAAGUUGUCAAAAUAAAUUAGUAAUCAAAUAAAAACAAAUAGUACUUUAGAGUUCAGACAUUCUCAUAUUAUAACUAUAUUUCUAUAUAAUUCGGGUAAAUCAUAUGAAAUGUUAAAAUUUAGUGUGGUGUUAUUUUUUCCAUUUACAUUGCUUCAUGCCCAUAUAAGCUACGAUGUUCCACAACUUGCAUCAAUGGAGUUUGCAGGACAAGGUUACUUAUAUCCUUAUCCAGAGGAGUGUUUUGAAAUUUUAAAAGCAUUUGCUGAUUCUGCAUCAAAUUUUACAUUAUGUUCAAUCAUAAACGCACGGCCUAUAAGAUUAUGUGAAAAUUGCGUAAAGCACUAUGUCAAGUUUCAUGAUAAGUAUAAAGAAUUGUUAAAUACUGCAGUGAAUGGGACUUCAUGUGGUUCAAUUUUUAUGUCCCAGGAUAGAUUGAAUGUAAUACAAAGGCAUCAUGAUGGCAUGUUAGGCAUAUGGAAUACAGGCAAUUGUAAUGAUUGCUUCAUUUGGUCUAAUGAAACUGCAACACUUAAAAAUAGUACAUUAAAAUUUUAUGAAAAAUUCAAUGAUACAAUGCAAUGUAUUGUUUUAAACAUAAAUACAGAUGAAAAAAUAGUUUGUGAGAAAUGUAUGCAAAAAUAUCUUGAGUUAGAUGAGUUUUAUACAACUUUAAGCAAAGAUAAAAUAGGAGUAGAUAGUGUCUGUAUGGAUAUUGUGGAUUCUAUGAACAGAACAAGAUCUAUUUGGAGUAAGACGUUGAGUUGCUGCAAUUUACGGAGAACACCCGAAGUUGUAUUUCUCUGCUGUACUGGGAUUAUAUCGUUCCUUCCUAUUUUGUUCUAUAUAACAUUAAGAUAUUGUGCACCAAUUAAAGAUUUGCCCAAUGUUUUAAAGCAGUCAAGAUUUAAACAGUCAUUUAUGAGGUCUAUUGAUAGCCGAACAAGCUAAGACAAUUAUUUGAAUUUGGUUAUUUUGUUUCUUUCAUUAAUUGAACACUCAAGUGUUUCAUGUUACUACUUCAUAGAGAUCAUAAAAUUGUUAGAUAUUUGUUAAGAAUAAACACAUUCUAUCG